AAACUCUCUGUUAUAGGCUUCUUCUGUACUGCAACCAAAACCAUAGUUCCUUGUCGCCCACGUUUCUUUCAUCACCUUCAUAACAAAUUCUCUAUUUAAGCUCUCCAUUUUGCCUUUGCUUUACUUUCUUUUAAAUCUUCUAAUCUCUUCAUUUACAUAUUUUAAAAUAACUGCUCCUGCUAUUAUUUUUUUAGGUUAAGUUUUUCUUGAUUGUGUUUCUUGAUAAUUAUAUUCUAUGGAAGAAGCUAUUGUGCUGAACAAAGCUGAAGAUCUUAUCGAUCUACCGCCCGGUUUUCGAUUCCACCCGACUGAUGAGGAAAUUAUAAGCUAUUAUCUAGCGGAGAAGGUGAUGAACAGUGACUUCACUGCUUCUGCUAUUGGUGAAGUUGAUCUUAAUAAGUGUGAGCCGUGGGAUUUGCCAAAAAAAGCAAAGAUGGGAGAAAAAGAAUGGUAUUUUUUCUGUCAACGAGACAGAAAAUAUCCAACUGGUAUGAGAACUAAUAGAGCUACCUCCGCUGGAUACUGGAAAGCUACUGGAAAAGAUAAAGAAAUUUAUAAGGGCAAAAAUUGUUUGGUUGGAAUGAAAAAAACUCUUGUUUUCUAUAGAGGAAGAGCUCCUAAAGGAGAAAAAACUAAUUGGGUUAUGCACGAAUAUCGUCUCGAGGGCAAAUUUUCUUACUACAAUCUUCCUAAAACCGCAAGGGAUGAAUGGGUUGUAAGCAGAAUUUUCCACAAGAGUGUUGGGAUCAAGAGAAGUUCAAUUCAAGAUCUUUUGAGAAUGAACUCAUUUGGUGAAGAUUUCUUGGAUUUUAAUUCUUCACUUCCACCACUUAUGGAUCCUAAUAAUAACUCAGCCCGACCAAGCUCGUCGAACUUGAAUGAGAUCGAAAACGAUGAGUUCAAAUCGGCAAGGCAAUUUGAUGCGAAUUCAAAUUACUUUACUCAAUUUUCUACUUCUAACAAUAAUCAAAAUUAUGUUCAUCAGCCUUCAAAUUUCAGUUUCUACCCUCAAAUUCCAAAUUUCACCUUCCAAACUGCACCGAACCCUAGCUUUGGUGCAAAUGAUCAAACCCUACUAAGAGUACUAGCAGGCAAUAGUAACAAUCAAUUCCAAUGCAAGAAUGAACCGUUUUCGUCGAACCAUUCUGUGGCGACUCGGUCACAAGAUACCGGACUCAGCACGGACAUGAACACGGCUGCAGAGAUUUCAUCAAAGCAAGACAAGAACAAGGUGUUUGAUGAUAUUGAUCAAGAUUUGAGUUUGUGGGAUUUCUAGAGCUAUGAAAUUAUUAUACUGUUAUUAGGAACAUAUACUAUACAAAUAUCAUGAUUUGAAACAGUCUCCACUAGGUAAUUAAGUUAAUUUGAUUUGAAUAGUUGUUAAUUAAAUUAUGAGUUGGUUUUAGAAAUUAAUUAAUACUUUUGUAUAGCUUAUUUGUUUAUUUAUAGGUUUAUAUGAAUUCAUGGUGUCCAUAACCUUUACAGAGUUCAAUUUAUGUGAUAGAUACAAAGAGGAUAGAUACCAUGAACAUACUAUAUAUUUGUACAUUUAUUCUUUUAUAUUAGUGCAUUUUAUUCUUUCGGUUU